AUGGGCGACACAAGCUGUUACAUGGGACCACCGGGAGCACCUACUGGUGGUGGUGCUGGAGGUGGUCCUGGUGGUACUGCUGGUGGUGCUACUGGUGGAGGUGUUGGUGGAGGUUAUGGUGGUGGUGCAGGCGGUUAUGGUGGAGGUGGUUAUGGUGGAGGUGGUUAUGGUGGAGGCGGUUAUGGUGGCGGUUACGCUUAUCAACAAGAAUAUGAUUAUGGAAGCGGUGGCGGCGGUGGUGGCGGUGGUGGUGGUGGUGGAGGUGGUGGUAGCAGUGGUGGUGAUGAGGGACCAAAGAUGCGAGGUGAUGUAUCGUGCUAUCUUGGGCCAAGAUGA